AAGACCAGCAGCAGCUUCAGGAGUCCAAACUGGGAAUGUGGGAGGCUGGAUGUUGGCAGCACAUGAUCACAGUAAUGUGAUCUGCAGCUGAGUGACAGGAGACACGUUUUUUUUUUUCUGCAGACAUUAGAGCUAUAAAAGAGGCCGAAGCUGCUCAGACAGACAGACGGACUGUGAACAUCACAGCAGAGAGAAGACCAGUGGACUUAAACCUACAUCCUGAGCUCUGACUUUAUAUCCAGGAGAAGAAGAAAAAUGGGACUGCACAGCGUUGAAGAGCUGGUGACCGGUAAGAGGUCAGAGGGCAAAGAGGCCGAAGGUUUCCAGGGAGGCGAGUACGAGGCGGCGGUGAGCCAGGAGAAGCAGGAUGACCGGAGGUCUCACCUGCAGCUGGAGGUGGAGGAGGGCGACAGCGGCAGCGAGCAGGAGGAGGUCAGCGUGGCGGCUCUCAAUACGGACAAAAGCGGCCGACUGAAGCUGGAGACGGUGGACGAUCUGUUCAACAUCCUGCAGCUGAGGAAGAAGAGGAGGGAGAGGAAGGUUCCUGUCCACAAGAAACAACAACCAGAGCCGGAGACCCUGCCAGAGAUCGUCGAUGAGAAGCUGUUUCUUACUUCAGCUAUGGAGAACAAACUUCCUGUAGUGGAGAAAUACCUGAGAGAUGGAGGAAACCCUGACGCCACCGACCACUUCCAGAGAACGGCUCUGCACAAAGCCUCCUUCAGAGGUCACGUGGACGUCAUGAAAACUCUCCUGGAGGCCGGAGCUGCCAUCGAGAAAAAAGACAAGCUGGAGGCGACGGCCGUCCACUGGGCCUGCAGAGGAGGCAGUCUGGAGGCCCUGCAGCUCCUCCUGGACCAGGGAGCCAAGUUCUCCUCCAGAGACAAGCUGCACAGCACCCCCCUCCACGUCGCCGUGAGGACAGGACACUGCGAAUGUGCCGAGCAUCUCAUCCACUGUGGAGCCGACGUCAACGCCAAAGACAGAGACGGAGACACUCCCAUGCACGACGCCGUGAGGAUAAACAGAUUCAAGAUGAUCAAGCUGUUGAUGAUGUAUGGGGCAAGUCUGAACACCAAGAACUCUGAUGGAAAAACUCCCCUGGAGACGCUGUAUUCAUGGCAGAGCGGAGCCAAGAGCCUCCUGUGCAACUUCAACGAGGAGAACCCCAACAAGUAGAACCCGAAGGCGAGGACUUAGAUUCAGACUGAGCUGCAGGAUCUGCUAGAGAAAAAGGCUACGUUCACACUGCAGGGCUUUAUGUUCAAUUCCGAUUUUUUGUGAAAUCCAAUUUUUUUGCGAUUUCGUUCACAUUUCCAAUAAAAUGCGACUUGUAUGUUAUCUCCUGUGUGAACCUCACAUGACCCAAAAGGUUCCCACAUGCGCAGAAGAGGACACAACAACGACACGCAGAGAGCGCGUUCAGUGUUUAUGGAAGUAAACAUGGACACUAACAGUACAGCAUGUCUGGCCAUUUUAAAGUUGUUGUACAGCUGGAGCCAGCAUAUUUAUAACUUAAUUGUUUUAAGGAGAAGGUCAAGAAGGAAGAGAGCCAGGAUUUUAGCCCUGGCAUUUUGUGGGGCAGUGGCAGCAACGUCUGUCCAGAGAACUGUGUGGGUGUGGAGUCGCAGCCAGGAGUGGUGGAUAGUGAUGUGAGAGGCUUCACAGACGCUGACUUCAUUCAGAAUUUUAGAAUGACAAGGGCGACCUUUACGUACAUAUGUGAGCGCCUCUUUUUAACACUCUCACAGCAAGACACACGUCUUCAGCAGUCCAUAUCGGUGAGCAAACGUGUUGGCGUUGGGCUGUAUUGGCUGGCAACAGGUGCUUGUUACCGCACAAUAGUUUUGCUUGAACACAGAAUAGUGAUGUUGGUCGUGUACCAAUGACGUAUAGGUCGGAUAAAUGUGACCUGGCAGUUCAGACUGAAGUCGCAUGGCAAAAUAUCCGAUAGCUAUCGGAAUUAGGACCACAUAUCCAAGUGGCCUGGGUCGCAUUUGAAAAAAUCGGAUCUGUGUCGUUCAGACUGUCAUGAAAAGAUCCGAUACAGGUCGCAUAGGGGCAAAAGAAUCGGAUUUGGGUCACUUUAGCCUGCAGUGUGAACGUAGCCUAAGUUACAAAUUCUGUAUUUCCUGGUCCACACUGAGGUUCAAGAAACAAACACUCAUCCAGGGAAGCUUUUCAAAGUGUUUUUCAGCCUCACAUGUUGACUCACACACACCGAGUCCCUCAGGAAACCGGCUGCUGGAGGAGAUCUUAGAUUAACCUACCUCCUCCUGGUUCAGGGAUUUGAACCGGCAACUCCUCAGGGUGAUUCACAUCUGGUCGCUGUGGAGGGCAGCCUUUGAUCGACAAUGUGAAAUCCAAUCAGGAUGUUGUUAAUAAUGUGAUUAGCUCUGAUUGAUUCAUUGAUCGCCACAUAUUGCUGGACAAUGUCUCGGCCGACGGUAUAAAGAUGUUUUUUUUUUCUUAAUUUUACUGAAGUGAGCGAGUUGGUGACUUAUUUAUUGAUUAAUGGCAUCAUUGUCAGAUUUAUUAUUAAACUGAUGCAUUUAAUACAGUUAAUAUAAGAGUGAAUGAUUGCCUAGACUUAUACUAGAGUUGGUUUAAUGUAUAUUUAUGGUCAGAAUUAACCAAAUAUAUGUAAGAUAUUGAUUUUUUUCCCCCCAACUAAGAGAAAUGAGAGAUGCUGCUUUCGUGGUUCCAGGUUCACAUCACCUGGUUUACCUGCAGUCUGUGUAUUGAAUCCAGUGUAAAACUUAAAAAACACUCCAAACCAGUGUGAAAAGAACUGAGCCUUUUCUUUGUAGUAGAUGUCGUGUGUUGUUGUAUUCAGACAUUCAGAUGAGUUUAAUCUUUGGUCUUAUUUAUUUUAAGAAUGGGAGAUGAGAUGGAAAAAGUAAGUUGUUGAGUCCGAUUGAGAAAAACUCUCCGCUUACAGAAAUAAUUUAUGUUGGGGAUAUGCAAUAGUUGGAGGUUUUUUUGCCUCUUUUUUUAAAAUGCAUUUAAGUUGCAUAAUGAAAUGUUUUCCCAAAGCUUCUGGGUCAGUAUUGCUGCAGCUUUAAUUCCCUCAAAGCUCAAAGCAUUCAUUUAUUGCAGGUUUGGUCUGAACAACCUUUUAACAUCGUCGUGUUUGGAUUUGUUUCAGUCGGCUUCAGCUCUGAUUCACUGCGACCCCGACGUCUCAGCUGCUGACUGCUUCUGUUCACUUGCACUGACCGUGUUAUUUCUAGGUGGAGCUAAUUGUUCUUAUUUAAUAAAACGCACACAGUGAAGUGUGAGAGCGGACGAGCUGAAAAGUUGGUUGAGAGGAUGUUUGACGAGUGUUUAUGCGGCUGAAACUUGAUGUAUUUCUUUUGUUUUUUAAAAGAUGUAUGUUUAUUUUGCUUUGCAUUUAUGGAUUGUAUUAAAGAAAAAAUAACGCUGA